AUGUCCUGUGUGCACUGGUCAUUUACCUUCUCUGGUGGCACAAGCCCCGAGAGGUUGUACCGACACGGGAUUAGACCUGCUGCUUGGAUUUCACCAGAAUUGGAGAAUUUGGUCUACACUACCCCCAGAGAUAGCGAGGAUGCCAACACUACUGCGACAGAAAGCAUGGAGAACAAAGUCAUCAACUCAACAACACAAAAGCAAGGAAGCGAGGAAAAGAGCAACUACGAGCCCGAGAGAACUCUCGGAUCCUUUCGGGCUGGUAUCCGACGACAGGACACAGCAAAUACUGCCGAUCGAAAACGAAAACUCGGUUGGGAAGUCGACGAGAAGGCGAACAACAACGCUUCGUCUCGACUCGCUCGUCAUCGUCUCUUCGCUCAAGCCAUUCGUGACUUUCCCUCCGUCAGGGACCAAUUCUCUCAAAAGACCCCAGAGUCUUAUGGAUUUGUUACUCAGCUGCAUCAAUACGUCGUGCUCAACGCCGUCAACUGGCCCACGGACUUUCUGCUCCGUGCCGUAGACACCCAAGUUGUCGGCAUGGCGCUUUGGUUUGUGUCUAUCAUGUACGGCAGUGUUCAUCUCGCCGCAUGA